GACAGGGAACACGAUACCGUAGAGCUGGGUCGCACUCCUUCCCUAGAGUUCGUGGGCGCAUAGCUCUCGGAGGUCGGACCAAGCUAGAGCAGCACCGCCCCCUGCUGGUGGGCUGCUGGCGGAAGCGCCGGGCCGGAAGUUGCGUCAUCAACCCGCGCCGCCGAGACGGUGCGUCGAGAGACGCACGACCUCAGCACGGAGGUACUACAAUGGCUUCCAGCGGGCUCGCCGUGAGCGCUAACGGCUCGGCAAAUGAACCUCCGGAGAUUCCGGACAACGUGGGAGAUUGGCUUCGGGGCGUCUACCGCUUUGCAACCGAUAGGAACGAUUUCCGGAGGAAUUUGAUCCUCAAUUUGGGACUCUUUGCUGCGGGAGUCUGGCUGGCUAGGAACUUGAGUGACAUUGACCUCAUGGCACCUCAGCCCGGGGUGUAGUUAGCCAAGGAGCCAAACGGAAUCCUGUGUUGUACCGAACCACCUAAAAACAGAGCCUAUGAGCUGUGACUACCACAAGAUAUGCCCUGAUGGCAGCUGAAAUUUGGUUCAAACAGGCAUCUUCCUUUUCCUGUCUGGUUUCCUUUAGUUCCUUGAGUCCACUCAGAACUCCAUUCUCUGGUCAGCAGUCAGGUUUAAGCCAAAGCAUUGCCUCUGUUUGUAAAAUUCUGUACAUAGAUCCUAUGUUUCUGCAAGAGGUGAUCUUUACUCUUGUCCUGAGUAAUUACAAUGGUGUCUUAACAAAUAUCUGAAAUAAAGACUGCACACAAAGA